CUGCCCGCUGCCAUGGGCCUGUGGCUGCGCCUGCUGCCCCUGCUGGGCCUGCUGGCCCUCGGGGUGCCCGCCCCCGCCGCGGCCUUCGUCACCCAGCACCUGUGCGGCUCCCACCUGGUGGAGGCGCUGUACCUGGUGUGCCGGGAGCGCGGCUUCUUCUACUCCCCCAAGGCCCGCAGGGACGCCGAGGAGCCGCCCGUGGGCGUGGCGCAGCUGGACGCGGGCAGCCUGCAGGCUCUGCUCCCGGGGGCCGCCAGGCAGGAGCGCGGCAUCGUGGAUCAGUGCUGCACGGGCAUCUGCUCCCUCUACCAGCUGGAGAACUAUUGCAACUAG